AUGACUGGACGUGGCCGUAACCAGGGAACGAAGCUCGAAAGUACCAUAGAGCAGUGUCGCAGUGAAGGACGGUGGAAACGAGUGAUCGAACUGGCCGAAGAACUAAAAACGGGAUAUCCGCAAGAAUGUCUCGCAAACUUUCUCACCGGCGAAGGAAAGCUUGAAUGCUACCUUGAAGAACACCCUCCGAUAGAAGACAACUACUCUAAGGCCAAGCUAGGACUCUCUGAGGCUAAGCGCUAUCUAAACUCCGUCACUGGUGAGAACGGAAAGAAAGCUGGCUUUGCAUUGGAUGCACAUUUGCUACUUGCUAAGCUGUACUUUGCAUGCGGCCAGUAUGACGAGUCUCUGCAGAACUUUGUGCUGGCGGAAUUAAACACACUGUCGGAGAAGCAUCUUUCGUCAAGAAGCAUAAGAAUUCUUGCUGAAUCGUACGCCAUCAAGGGUAUGUGUCUGGAGAAAAAGGGUUCCAAAGCACCGUCCAAGUUUAAGCAGGCCGAGCAGGAGACGGAAAUGAUAACUUGCUUUGAACGAGCGGCCGAUCUCGGUAUCCUUUACCUGCAGGGCCAGGACAAUAACAAUCAGGGCGAAGUGCGUCGAAUGGGUGCAAUCCUCGAAACAGGUCUGCAGAGGGCACCGAUCGUACUGAUAAAGGCAGGCAAACUACAAAACGCCAUUGACCGUUACCGGGUGAUGUUGAGUGCGAUUGAAACGAAGGCAACUCAAACGUUGCGGCUUACCCUUGCCCGGCAGCUGGCGGAAGUUUUGUUGCGUGGUGUAUCAGGCACUAUUUACACACUCCCGGCUAGUAACACUCCGACGCGCAGUGCCUCGGGUGGUAACAAACGUCUCUGGGAGCCGCGCAAAUAUUCCGGCCGGCAACAAUUCAUUCCCAAGAAUCAGCACGAAGAAACAAUCCUUUUAUUGCUUAUCGCGGAAACCCUCGCCGUCCGGGAUGCGGUUUUGUCGCAAUCACCCGAAUUUCGCGAUGCACGCUUACAUUCACUAGGUAAUGCGACGGCAAUAUAUGAUCUGAUGACGUUGGCCACCGUGCGUUGGAAUCAGGUUGCGCUGCUUCACGAUUCACUCGAGAAAGCAUUGAAGUUUGCGUUUGGAGAAAGCCACGUGUGGAAGCAGUACGCCACCUGUUUGAUGGCACUCGGACGCUACAAACAUGCCGUUUGUGCCCUUAAGCAACAUUCCAACCUAGAGCCGGGGGAUAGUGUGUCAUGCCUAAUGGCUGCCCGCGUUUGCUACGAGCAUUUGGAUCAGGUAAAGGAGGGACUUGCUUACGCCGAGGAAGCUCUGCGCAAAGAGCUGAAAAGUCCUAUUGGACGAAGAUCGCGUGCUCAGCUUUACGUCGGUAUCGGACUGCAGCAGAUGGCUGUAUCAUCGAACUUGGUUUCGGAACGCGAUCGCUACAAUCGGCUUGCGUACGAGGCGCUCGAGCGUGCUGUCCAACAGGAUCCAAACGAUCACCUGGUUGAGUAUUAUUUGGCCUGCCAGCAUGCACACAAUUACAAUAUUACGGAGGCACUGGUACACAUAACCACAGCACUAUCGCUGCGUGCCGAACAUGCAUCUAGCUUAUUGUUGUUCGCGCUACUACUAACGGCAAACCGUCGCCCAAAGGAAGCACUUGCCGUGGUUCAGGAUGCAGUCGAAGAGUUCCCGGAUAAUUUGAAUCUGCUGCACGUGAAGGCACACCUGGAGUUAUAUCUGCGCGAUGUCGAGACGGCCCUAGAAACGGUACAGCAGAUGUUUGCCAUUUGGCGAGAGGUUUAUGAGGUACAGCUUGCCAAUGCGGCCAACGAGCAUGAUAACGAGAAGCAUUCGGAUACGCGCAGCGUCAUCCAGAUGCAAUCGUCCCAAAUGUCAGAUAAAGAUUCAAAUUCUAUCCACGCUGCAUCGCUGGCAGCAUCGCGCAUUGAACAUGCGCUUAGCGAAGCGGCUAGCUCACUUAGUUCGUUCAGUCCUCGGCCCGGACCACAGAAGGCUUGGAUGAUUCAAUUCAAGAUUUGGCUUCUGCUGGCAGACGUGUAUCUGGCAAUCGAACAACCGAAUGAAGCAGUCAACUGCAUCCAGGAAGCAAGCUUAAUUAAUCCCGUUUCACACCAGGUUAUGUACAUGCGCGGCCAAAUACAUAUCUUUCAAUCACAGUGGCAUGAAGCGAAACAGUGCUUCCUUAAUGCCGUUUCCGCCAAUCCGUACCACACGGACGCUUUGCGUGCUCUCGGUGAAGCACAUCUGACACUCGGUGAACCCCGGCUGGCGGAAAAGACGCUCAAGGAUGCAGCCAAAAUUGAUCCCAACUGCCCCAAGAUAUGGUUCCUACUCGGACGCGUUAUGGAAAGUCUUGGUGAUUAUACCGCUUCUGCUGAUUGCAUGUCGACGGCAUUACAGCUAGAACCAUACUGUCCGGUGCUACCGUUCAAUGCAAUAGGUCUAGUUUUCGAUUAA